AGCUCAUAUCCAGGCCGUACAUCCACAUGGAGGCCUCAUCAGUGCUGGAGCUCAGCGAAAAUGUCAUCCUCAACUGCUCCCACGAGAACGGAACCAGAACCACGUACAGGUGGUUCAAAGGUGGAAGGCCUCUGACCAAUGAAACGAGGUUUGUGUUGUCACCUGACCAGAAGCUGCUGACCAUCAAGCGAGUGCUGAUGGCAGAUGACGACAUCUAUGGCUGCGCAGUGGAGAAUCCUGUGAGCAACGUAACAAGCCAGCCUCUCAGACUCUCUGUGUACAAAAGAAGUUCCCUCUACAUCAUCCUUUCUACUGGAGGAAUCUUCCUCCUCAUCACCUUUGUGGCCGUGUGUGCAUGUUGGACUCCUUCUAAAAAGUCAAAGCAGAAACCCAAAACGUCUUUAUCCAGGAUUUACAGCCGUUCUCGUCACACACCUCUUAAUCAAAAUGAUUAUGUGCUGCCCAAAACUGCAAAGCGUAACGGGAUUAAUGCAGUAACUUCACUUUAUGUCCUCCAGCAAAAGGAUCCAUCCAUGGACGACUCCUCCAGCAACAGUAUUGGAUCUCCUGAGUGUGACAAUCCACCGUCCUACACCUCUUUCUCCAAAUACACACAUUCCCUGAGCCGGACAGCUGGCUCCCCAACCUGUGCCGUCCCUAGUUAGACUGAGUGCCACUAUCACUCUAAUUCAAAAUGCCUUAAAGUCCUAAAAUCAAAUGUUGAAUGGUCUGUUCAAUGAAAUGCCAUGCCCCAUUUAUAUAAAUAUGUGUUCAUCACAAACAAAAAGAUAUGUUUGUCAGUAUUCAGCUUUUUUGCUCUUUUAUUUUCUAGAAAACCUGUUCAAAAGGUCUUAUAACACUUAUAUUAACUGUGCCUCCAAUAAAAUGCUCAGUUGAGUUUAGGUUAAAUUUGAACUUCGUAGUUUCUUAAAGACUUUUUAUUGAGCAUUGUAGUUGUUUUACAAGAAGUAAACCAGUUUUGGUUGCCUAUAGAGAUGGUACAAAAAAAGAAAAUGCGGUGUGAGUUUAAGAAGCGGCUCUGUGUGAGUGACUUUCAGUGUAAAAGUCAAAGAACAAAUUGUGGUAUUGUGUAAGAAAUUAAAACAAAGUGGCUGUCUUGUGAAAUGAAGAUACGUGAUUUUCAAUUUUUGAAAACUUCAUUAAAAUGUAAAAUUCAAAUGAA